CCAGGAGGGAGGCUGGCCCAGAGGAAGCGGGAGCGGCCGGCCGGUGCGUCCCGGAGCAGAAGCCGCCUUGGGAAAGACGGAAGGCCACUGCGACGCCCUCCUCGCCCGAAAGACCAACGCUUGGCGAGGAGGGCGAGAGGGAGCUUUGGGCAAAGGGGAGGGGGUUCCUUCCGACUCCUUACGACGCCUCCCGAUUCCUCCCGGAGUGAAGCGGGCGGCCGCGCGCUUGAAAUGAGGACAGAUUGCACUCCUGAUGUCCAGUUGACUUUAUCUAUUGGAAUGGAUGGACAAAAUGAAGUGGAUUUUUCCAAUAAUAACAUUGCACCACUGUGGAGGAGAAGAUCUGCACACCAACUCCAUUUGCAUGCAAAGAACAAACCUAGGCCCCAAUCCUACCAGAGUUCCACCGGGGUCCUCUUCACUGAUUUUCCUGUAGAAGACAGAGAGACAUUCACUUUAACUCAGCGUGCAGAAACAAUUACUUCUCCAGACAGCAAAUCCAUUCAAAGAAAUCCUCAACGUUUUGGCUGCAGUUUUGAUUCUUUGCCAAAUGGCAAGGUUCAAUUUUCAGAGUGUAAAACUGUCUCCCCAAGGCUUUCUGAACAGUCUCCUCAGGCGUUGAAAAUAGGUCCAAACAAGUCUAUAAAUUUUACAGCUAAUGGUUCAGCAGGCAGUAAUCUGGUUAACCGAGGAAGGGUUUCCAAUCAGACUGCACAGAUUCCUGAGCUGGGUCAAACUGCUUGCAUAUCAGGUCUUGGAUUAUCACUUACAGAAGUCAUGCAUUCACCAAAUAACAACACAACUGCUGCCUUUGUGUUACAACCCAGCCAACUUUCUAAAAACUCAGAGCAGACAUCUGCCAGCCUAUCUGCUUCCUUGGAGCAACAGCAUCUGCCUCUCCAAAGAAUACCAUCAAAUCAGAAUGAGAUUACAGAAACACCACCUGUGGUGCUGAGCACAAAUAGUCCCGUUGCCUUAAAAGUGGGAAAGCAGCAGAUCAUCCCUAAGAGUUUAGCUUCUGAAAUAAAAGUAACCAACAAAGCCAACAGUCAAAAUGUGGAACCAAACAGAAGAGUUCUGAAGGUUCGUAGUAUGGUGGAGACCCCUGGCAUGCCUUUAGUAGCUGGUGGAGAUGAAGCAACAGAUGGUGACAAGGAAAGCCCAGGAAUACUGAGACGUAGUUUGCGGUCCACUUCAUAUCGCCGUGCUGUUGUGAGUGGCGUUGAUUUUGACAGCUCUGCCAACUUUAAGAUAAAAAACAGGAUGUCUCAACCGGUGCUGAAGGCAGUCCUGGAGGACAAGGAGAAAUUUUCCAGCUUAGGAAGAAUAAAGAAGAAAAUGCUGAAAGGACAAGGGACCUUUGAUGGAGAAGAAAAUGCUGUGUUAUAUCAGAACUACAAAGAAAAAGCUCUUGAUAUAGAUUCUGAUGAAGAGUUGGAAUCAAAAGAACACAAGUCAAAUGAAAAAAUAGUUAUUCAAUAUAAACCUUUGAGAUCAACAUGGAGUCAGUUGUCUGCGGUGAAGAGAAAUGGCUUAUCCCAGACCAUCAGCCAAGAAGAAAGAAAAAGACAAGAGGCUAUAUUUGAAGUAAUAUCUUCAGAACAUUCAUACUUACUUAGCCUGGAGAUUUUGAUUCGGAUGUUUAAAAACUCUAAAGAACUAGCUGCUACAAUGACAAAGACAGAAAGCCAUCACCUCUUUUCCAAUAUUGCUGAUGUGUGUGAAGCAAGUAAGAAGUUCUUUAAGGAGCUUGAAGCAAGACAUCAGAACAACAUAGUCAUAGAUGACAUAAGUGAUAUUGUAGAAAAACAUACUACCUCAACUUUUGAUCCUUAUGUGAAAUAUUGCACAAAUGAAGUCUACCAGCAGAGAACGCUCCAGAAAUUACUAGCUACUAAUCCAGCCUUCAAGGAAGUGCUGUCACGGAUUGAGUCCCAAGAAGAAUGUAGGAAUCUACCUAUGAUUUCUUUCCUUAUUCUCCCAAUGCAGCGGGUCACACGGCUUCCGCUGCUGAUGGAUACUAUUUGCCAGAAAACACAUAAAGACUCACCAAAAUACGAAGUUUGCAAGCGAGCUUUAAAAGAAGUUAGCAAGUUGGUUCGCCUCUGCAAUGAAGGUGCUCGAAAAAUGGAAAGGACUGAAAUGAUGUAUACAAUCAACUCCCAGCUGGAAUUCAAAAUCAAGCCAUUUCCGCUGGUUUCCUCUUCCCGGUGGCUAGUGAAACGGGGUGAAUUAAUGGCCUUUGUGGAAGACACAGGACUUUUCUCUAAAAGAACCUCUAAGCAACAAGUUUACUUCUUCCUCUUUAAUGAUGUCCUCAUCAUCACAAAAAAGAAAAGUGAAGAGAGCUACAAUGUCACAGACUAUUCCUUAAGGGAUCAGCUGUUAGUUGAACAGUGUGACAGUGAAGAGCUGCAUUCCUCUCCUGUAAAAAACAGCACACCUAUUCUUUACUCUCGGCAGAGUUCUCCAAAUCACCUCUUCAGAUUAAAUGUCCUAAGUAACCAUGCAGGAGAGAAGAUUGAACUGCUGCUGGGAACUGAAACUCAAAAUGAACGGGCUCGCUGGAUAACUGCACUUGGUCAGAGCAAUGAUAGACGGAGUAUGGAUAGGACAACCCUGACCCAAGUGGAAGUCAUCAGGUCCUAUACUGCCAAGCAGUCAGAUGAACUCUCCCUCCAAGUUGCUGAUGUAGUUCUCGUCUAUCAGAAAGUGAAUGAUGGUUGGUAUGAAGGAGAGCGAUUGCGUGAUGGGGAAAGAGGCUGGUUCCCAAUGGAAUGUGCCAAGGAAAUCACCUGUCAAGCCACCAUUGAGAAAAACAUGGAAAGAAUGGGUCGCUUGCUAGGCUUGGAAACAAAUGUAUAGACUCGGUUCUAAUAACCACACUCCAGGAUUUGCACUCAAUGAGAUCCAUGGCAUCUUGGUCUCCGCCAGAUGGUCAGUUUGCAGCAAUAGCAUGUGAAGAAGGUAUCACAGAUAUCUGUACUGAUUAAACGUCAAAACAUCUAUUAAGCAAUUGCAUGGAAAUAAGAGCAGCUUAAUAAAAGUCAGUAGCAUUUUAAAGCAAUAAACUAUUUUUAAUUAAAUUGUAAAUCUCCAUUUGUAAAGUUUGUAACAGAAUGAUCUUUUGGAUUUCCACAUUGCCCAAACCACUGUUAAAUUUUAAUUCGGAUGUACCUGUGUACUAGAGCUUUCUUAUUUUUCCUUUCAUUUUAGUUUACUGGACUAGUUCUGUUUCUGUGUAAGUGCCUUAACUUAGCAAGCAGCGAUGAUAUGCAAAGCCUGCUUCCAUACAUGCGUUAUUCUGGUGCACAACCAGUGAUGUCUGUGCCUCUUUUGAUCUGAACUAGAGCUGCAGUGUGGCUGUUGAGUAGAAUCUGUGGAGCAUUAAUUAGAAGUAUAUCCCACUAAAGUCCCACACAACAUAUAUUGAUAGCUUUCCACUGUAUGGUUCAGGCACCUCUAUAUUAACACCUUCCAUAGACAGAAAAAGAAGACAUCCAACAGGGAAGUAAAUAAAUGCAGUAGUCCAUAACAUCAUAAAGUUGACAAAAUUUCAGUUUGUUUGAAAGUAUGUAAGUGGACCCUUCUUUUCUGCUGGUAUCUAUAGAAGGUUCCCAGCACCUCCUGUAGAUAAAAUCCAUAGGUGCUCAAGUCUCAUUAUAUAUAAAGGGGCACAGUAAAAAAAAUUAUCCCUUUAUAAAGUGGCAAAAUCCAGGUUUACCUUUUGGAUUUUUGUUUGUAGGUUUGUUUUGGAAUGUUUUAAAGACAUGAAUGGUUAAGUCUGUGGAUGGGGGGGAGGGGGUGACUAUACAAAGUUCUGAUCAAUUGGCAGCUGGUAGUGGAAUAGUUUUGUUUUAAUCUUAUUAGCAAACAUUGGGUUAUUCAGAAGUAAAGACUUCCUCUUUCCAUUUAGUAAGCAAAAGAAACCUAGCUGAGUCAGCAAGGGUGUGGCAGGAGACACCCAACUCUGCUAGAUCUCAAGACACAAGUAGAAGAUAUUAACACAACAAUCCAGCAAAGUAGAAGUGCCUACUAUUGCUAAUCUUGGGCAAUCGGUAUGCACAUUUUACAUUGGCCAUUUUUGUUUGGGUUUAGAUUAUAUACACUAGGUUGCAUCAAUAGAAGGACAGUGUCUAGAUCGAAGAAAAUAAUAGUUCCACUGUUUUCUGCUUUGGUCAGAUCUUAGACCUAGAAUAUUGUGUUUAGCUCUGGGCACCACAAUUCAAGAAGGAUGUUGACAUACUGGAACAUGUCCAGAGAAGGGUGUCAAGGUUCUAAAAGCUAGGCCCUGUGAGAAGUGUUCGAAGGAGCUAGGUAUGUUUAGUUUGGAGAAAAGAUGACAGAGGAGACAUGAUAGCUAGCUAUGUUUAAAUAUUUGAAAGGAUGCCACAUUGAGGAGGAGGCAAGCUUAUUUUUUGCUACUGUAGAGAAUGGGGCAAUGGAUUCAAAUUGCAGGAAAAGAAAUUUUACCUAUACAUUUGAAAGACCUUCCUGAUAUUAAGAGAUGUUUGGCAGUAGAAUAUGCUGCUUUAGGGUGUGGCGGAGUCUCCUUUUCCGGAGGUUUUUAAGCAGAGGCUGGGUUAUCAUCUGGUUUGAUUGUGUUUUGCUGCAUGGCAGAGAGUUGGACUGGAUGGCCCUUGUGGUCUCUUCCGCCUCUUGCCUUUAAGUUAUUUAUGUUUUAGAGAGACCCUAAGGUCAACUAUCGCAGGACUUCCUUGGCCAAUUUUUUUUAUUACAUUUGUCAUUGCCUUGCUUUAAGUCUGAGAAAGUAUGGCUUCCAUAAGAUGGCUACAUGGGGAUUGGAAUCCUGAUUUCCCAGCACUCAAACCACUACAUCACGCUGAUACUUAGACAUAGUUGAAUAUCUUUGAGUGAAUUCAUUAGAUUUCUACUGGUCACCCCAGCUUUCUAAAAAUUGUCUUAGCUUUUGUUUCUUCUCUUUUGUUUGUUACUGAAGAAUCAUUGCAAAUGCUGUGAACUAAUAAUUGGUGGUAAUAUUAUGUUCUGCUGCAAAUGCAGCGAACUUGAUUUCAGGUUCAUUUCAUGUUUCUCAGCUGCAGUGAGCGUACGUUCUACAAACUCACAUUCAACAAGAUUGGUUGCUUGAUCAUUUGAUCAGUUGUUUUCUUCAUUUGCCUAUGCUUUUUGGUGUUAACUGUACCAACUGAUUUGGUUGUCAAGUCAUGGUCACAAACUCUGCAGUCAGAAAAGUGUGUGUCCAAUUUCUUUUGUGUUUAUUUGCUUUCACGUCACCUUCCAUCACACUAAAAAAUCACAGAAAACAUAAGAGAAGAAAUGAUCUAAACAGUAACUGAGAGUCUGAAAACUGCUUUCCCCUUACCUUCCUUUUUGGGGCCAAAUCACCUCCACAUUUAGACCCCUCAGUCAUUGGUUUGGCAGUGACAGCAGAUCACCAGAGACAUUUUUAAAGCACAUAGAAAAACUUAGGACUUAAGUUAUAGUUGUCAUAUAUGUGGGGAUUUUUCAGUUCAGUACUGAAGCUAGUAAAACUGGAAAAAGCUAGUAGCUGUGUUGAGCAUAAAAUAAACUCCAACACAUAUAUUGUGGUGAUAACUUUAUUAGGCCCAGUAAAAGUUCCAAAAAUCACCACAUGACCUUUCCAUGAUCAUAGACAUUCUUAGUAAAUAUGAUUUUUUUUAAAGCAUGCAGAGAAGGAAAGUGAUAAAUGUUAAGAUUACGGUCCUGAACUCUGCCAUGCAAGGGGAGUAAACACAGUUCAAUCCUCAUUCAUUUACACAAUAUACCUCAUACAUACCUUAUGAUAUCAUGAGUAUACAAUGUUAAUGCUUCAUAUGUUUAAAAGAAUAGGAGAAAGUGCCUUGUUUCUCAGAGUUUCAUUAUGCUAAAUUAAAUAAGGAAUUGACACCUUUUUGAUGCAGUGGUGGGUCAUAACAAGGACUAUCAGUCUUUGGACUAGCUGUUAGAAGGGGAUAGAAGUGCAUCAUCUAUCUAAACUACAUAUUAUGGUAAUUACAUGUUGUCCCAAGUUUUUUUCUGAUUUAUAGUGACCCUAAGGUUGCCUUGGCAAGAUUUGUUCGUGGGGGUGGAGCUUCCCUUUUCUUCUUCUGAGUCUAUGAGAGUAUGACCUCAUAGUUGGUUUCCAUGGCAGAAGGGUAAUUUGAACCCUAGUCUCCAGAGUCAUAGUCCAAUGCUCAAAUGCACCAUGCUGGCUGUCUUGAAAAGUAUAUUUUCAACACUUUAAGUCAUUAAAUUCAAUAAGGAUCAGUAUGUACGAUAUGCCAAGACCAAAAAAAGGAAGAUACUGUUCUCAUCACUGCUUUGGAACUUUUUGCUUGGUUCCCCUGGAAACAAAAAGCUAACACACGAAGGCUGUUUUGAAGCAUUGUGAGAUUAACAGCAUUUGCCAAGUCUGGAUUUGAGAAUUCAUAAGCAUGCUGUUAUCACAUUGAUACUUGUACACUUAACAUUGUUCGAAGAUCUUGAAGAACUUAACAGUUCAGGGAUGUGUUUUUAAUAAUGUCAGAUGAGCCUUUUCCAAUAUUGUCCCGUUGUCAGCAGAGAGAAAAUGAUUUUCCUCAAUUUGUUACAAAGCAGAUCUGUUAGCCCUUGCUCCAUGGAUUGGGCAUUUAUGAUAACUAGCUGCCUAUCAACUGAGGCUCUUGGUCUGUGGCCAAAGUGCGCUUUCUUAUCUUUCCUCAGGAGGGGGAGACCUGUCAUGAUUGCAUUGCCUACUGAAGGACUCAUUAUAAAUAUCUACUUCGGAGUCUGACAGCAAUUUAUGUUGUCAGGCGAAGAUGUAAAUAGGAAUUAAUUUGUAAUUGCAUUUGUAAUUAAUUUAUAAAUAGCAAUUAAUUUGCAUUGCAUUUCCUUUUUAUGUAAAUAGGCAUGACAUUUUCUACACCAUGUAUUAUAAGGAACUUUGUCCUUUCUUUGCACUGCUUGUCACUCAAUAGAAAUUGCAAAAAUAGCAAACUGUGAUAAAACUUUUUCCAAGUGGAUGAAAAUCUGUGUACUGUAAUGUUUAUAUAAUGUAACAGACGGUGAAUAUUUGUGUAGUUCCAUGUAUACAUUCCUCUUGCACAUAGUAGUCACAAUGCAGGUGCUGAAAUCCCUGCAUAAGGCAACUGAAGUAUCCAAAUGUACAGGAAGUAUGUAUGUUGUUUUU